CCGUAACGCUUCCGCCGCAGUGCCUUGUGGGUAGCCGGCCGGGGUCUCCUGGCGACAACCAUGGCGGGGGAUGUGGGCGGCCGCAGCUGCACGGACGCGGAGCUGCUGCUGCACCCUGAACUGCUAUCCCAGGAGUUCCUCCUCCUCACCCUGGAGCAGAAGAACAUAGCUGUUGAAAAUGAUGUAAGAGUAAACAAAGACAACCUUACUGACCUUUACGUCCAGCAUGCCAUACCGUUGCCUCAGAGAGAUUUGCCAAAGAAUAGAUGGGGGAAGAUGAUGGAGAAGAGAAGAGAGCACCAUGAAGUAAAAGAUGAGACCAAAAGGAGUAAUGCUGUAGAUGGAUUAAGGAAAAGACCCCUCAUUGUGUUCGAUGGGAGCUCAACAAGCACAAGCAUCAAAGUGAAAAAGACGGAGAACGGAGCAGACGACCGGCUCAAGCCUCCUGCCCAGACAGGCUCCACCAGUGAUACCUUUCGGAAAUCACCAAAUUCCUCUAGGAUUUCACCCCUAGUUUUGUUUUCCAAUUUGCCUGUGAACAAUAAAAUGGAGCACAAUAAUAAUGACACUAAACAGAACCAUGACUUAACAUAUAGGAAAAGUCUUUCGGGUCCAGUGAAGUCGCCACCUCUGUCCCCUCUUGGAACUACUCCUGUGAAAUUAAAGCGGGCUGCUCCUAAGGAAGAGGCAGAGGCCACAAAUCACCUGAAGCCUCCAGAAGCAAAGAGGAAGAUACAGCAUGUUACAUGGCCGUGAAAGGAAGCCUCCAAAAUAUAAAUAGAGCUGCAGCUGCAGUUUUCAGAUGAGUCCACAGCAUUUACAGAGGUCCUGAAUACUGUGGGGUUUUCUCGAGGUUUAAAAUAGGUUUGGAAAAAAUGAGUCUUUCCCUUCUCUUUCUCCCUCCCUCUAUUCCUUCUUCCUUUCCUUACAAUGUCUUGAUUUUCAUGUCCCAAUUAGGGAAGAAUUUCUUUUUAAAAUACAGCUUUGUACACAUCCUCUAUAAAUUUCUUUUCCUAAGCAGAAGCAUAAAGCAGUUCACAGUAUUGUGGUAAAUAUUGCCACCUGCAUCUUGAACAGUUCGCCAAGAACAGUUGAUGGAAAAGCUUUCUGUUCUUCAGUUAUUUGUGCCACAUUGUCCCACGGAAAGCCAAAGGGAAGUCAGGGCUUGCCCGCCAUUCCUCCCUCUCAAGGGCAAAAGCUGCUAUGUCUUUAGAAUGUUCCUGGCUUACGGGGACCUUGCCUACUCUUUUCUUAUGUGGCUUGAGUUCUCACUGUGAGUUCAGCUAUUUCUUGUAUGAGCUUUAUCUUUUUAAAAUGAGGCUGAUUUCAAAGUCUUUAGGCUGGGUGAUCAUGUUAGAGGCAGUACUUUGUGUCAGAAAGUUUGGGAAUGAUGGGUCCUAGAAUUCUAAACAUGAGAAAAUCCAGAACAUGUGGCAGUGGUGGUGGGGUGCUUAUCAGUAUACUGUGGAGUCGGCAGUUGUCCUUGUCGGGACGCUGGAGUUGGAAUUCACUGUAGAAUGCAGCAGGAAGUGGACUCUGCUGAAGGGGUUCAUGUGCUAUAAUACAGCUUCCUGCAGAGCUGACCUGUGCAGGGUUAAGUGAUGGUCUCUUUAUUUUUGUGCAAGUAGCAUUAUCCACUUGUAUAAUGCAGGCAAAUGAGAAAAUACUGUUUGCUUUACGUUCGUGAUGUCUAGUGUCUGCUCCUUCCUUUAUAUUUCUAACUGAGAGCAAAAGAUACUUCUUAGUCUUUUCCAUGUAUAAUCUUCAGAUUGUUGGUUUGCCUCGUUAGUCAUCUCCUUUCUUUGAUUUGUUAAAACAACCAUUUUAGUUCAUUUAUCAGAAUAGCCUUACAAAAAAUAAUUCAGCCUUGCAGGUAAGUACUGUUCUUAGACGUCAACCCUGUAGUUUUUAAGUGUUCUGCUUUUUUUUUCAGACUAAAUUUGUACACAUAAGACAAGAUUUAUGAUAUUAAGUGUUGCAUGAAUUGUUGAUGCUACCAGUAACAUUUUAAAUACAUUGUUAUCUGCAGGGUUGAUAAGUUAAUAUUGUUGAAAGGAACUGUGCUCCUAUAUUUAAUCGUCAAGGUAGAUUUUAAACGUGCAGCUUUUAGAGUACAACAACACAUUGUAUUUUAUAUUCAGUUGACCUCUCUGCUUCUACCGGCGUUUCUCUCUUUAAGGAGAGAGUUAGCCAUUUGACAGUUUUAAGUCAGUGGGAACUUAUUUUUAGUUACUCAGUGAAAUUAAUUUUUAAUUUGUAUAUUUAACUUACAGAGUAGGUUGGUAAUAACAGCUGAACUGUGUAACAUUGUUGCUUCAAAUUGAAGUUUAUACUAUGAACAUUCAGCAUCUACGCUCACAUAGCAGCAUAUUAUUGAGCUGUCUUAAGUUUGAGAAGUGGAGAAGCAUUGACCCAUGCACUGUGGAUUACGUAGUGCCUCCGUCGUGGAGCACCAUGCCCCUGAAGGGAUCAUGGAACUGGCUUCCUCCAUGUGAUGAAGCAUGCCGACUACUGGGAGUCUGGAGCAGCAGCACUGGGAGUGUUGUUCUGAAGUAGUGUUUCAGUUUGGGUUAAAAGGACUCGAUGAGAGUGGUGAACAGUUGUGGAGUAAGUUUACUUAGUAGUGUACAGGGUUAGUAUUGUUGCUUUUGUUCUGUAUUCCAGUGAGGCAAGCUAUUCUUACUCCUGGGUUGGGCAAGUGAAUGGCACUCGAGGCAGUGGGAAGCUCUUGGGGUACGAAAGGCACCACAUCUACCAUCAGUAAGUCAGCCUCAUUCUUUUCCCCACUUUGUGUAUCCUGGUCUCUUUCCCAUUCUCCUUCCUCUUUUCUCUAGGUCUAAGCUUCAGACCUAGAUUUACAGAUUGUAUUGUGUCUGUGACCUUGCUCCAUUCACUAAGGGGUGAAGACAGUCUGACCCCAGUCUUCUUACAUCUGAGGGGGUCAUAGACCACUGUGUGGAUCCUACAGUCUGGAAUCCUGUAGCACCAGGACACUAAAUUACUUCCCAAAGGUUGUCACAGCUCAUAGUUUUCCAGAGUAGCCUUAUUAGUUUAGGCAGCUGCCAGACACUUGGAAGAGUGGCUCACUACUGCCAUAAGGCUGUAUUUGCUGGUAUUAAAAUUCCUCAGAAUUGAAAUUUUCAUUUGAAAUUCUGUUUUGGUUGACUUAAGUUUGAGAGACAGUUCUAAAACUGAUGUAGAGACUCAUUCAACAGCAAUGACCUUUUAAAAACUUACAUUAAGUAAAACUGCCAGUAGAUUAAAUCAUCCCCAUAUGUAAGAGCUUUCUCUACUUACUACUGUGGAAUUUGAGCAUUGUUGAGAGGCUACUAAUUGGUCAACAUGUUUUUAAGUGUGCUUUUAUUAAAUGCUUGUGUAAGUUUUGUAAUUCAGUAUAGAAAAGGUUGACCUUGUAAUGUACAUUUUUUGUAUGUAUAGUCUUUUAAGUAGCCUUGUCCUUAUUUAAAUAAACUGAAUAAAACUGUC